AUGGAUACUGUUAACUCGUCAGAGAGCCCACAAAAAAUUGAAUCGAAGGAUUAUGCGGAGAAUUGCAGUUCUGAGAUAGAACCAUCAAAUGAGGAAUGUGAGGAAGCGUUGAAAAAGUUUGUUCAAAUCACUAAAACGGAUGAAGCAUGUGCGCACUUUUUUUUGCAAGAUUUUAACUGGCAGUUGCAGCCUGCACUAGAUCGUUUCUUCUCAUAUACACUGGAAACCAAAGGGGAAACUAAUUCAACUGAGUUUCCUACAAGUGAACCAAAUGACGAUUUCUCGCUUACUGUUAUGUCGUGGAACAUUGACGGUCUUGAUGAAAAUAAUCUUACUAUUCGUUUUACUGCAGUAUGCUACAUAAUUUCUAAGAUUUCUGCAGAUGUAGUUUUUCUACAAGAAAUGACAUCAGAUUUGGUUCCGCAGGUCAGGAAGAAUUUGAGUGGUGAGUACAGUAUCUUGGUUGCAACUCCAAAUUUGCCAUAUUUUACGGUCGUUCUUCUGAAGCCAUUCAUCGAGUUAAUCUCACAUAAAGCGAUCCCAUACAGACGUUCAGGAAUGGGACGAUCAAUGCAGCUUGUGGAGACUUCAUUACGGGGGCGCAAAGUGAUGCUGCUAAAUACACAUCUAGAAAGUAUGAAGGAACAUUCUGAUAUAAGACUCACACAAAUCCAAGAAUGUUUCAAACAGCUGGUUGAAUGGGAUGAUGGCAAAACUGUUAUCGUUUUUGGAGGUGACCUAAAUGCUCGUGAUGGUGAGAUUUGCGAACUUCCUCCUGGAUUCGAAGAUGCAUGGAUUGCCGCAGGAUCGAGACCAAAAUUCAGGUUUACUUGGGAUACUUUGCUGAAUGACAAUAAAGUUGCUGGAAAAGCUCGAUGCCGUUUCGAUCGCAUUAUCUACAAAAGUGCUGGCAUCUUCUCAGGAGUGGAUUUUUCGCUGGAAGGGCAGAAUAGAAUCCGUACUUCACUUUGCUUUCCAAGUGAUCACUGGGCUAUUCUUGUUCAUUUUCACUGA